AUGGGAACGGCGUUGCCGACAUUUGAUGGUGAGGUCUAUCAAUCAUGGCCCGCAGCCUCGGGAGGCCCGGUACGGCUAUGGUUGAAGAAAGAGCAUUAUACGCUUGAAAAAGAGCUCCGGACGAUUCCGAGCGACGACUCCUCAAUCGAGGGCCACGGCGACAUCUCGCAAGGGACGCUCGCCGUCGGUAUCCACGCAUUGCGAGGAAAAAAGGCUCUGCAAGAUGCUCUUCGAUCGGAUCCGCCGAUGCUCAUCGGAGACAUCGAAGGGAAGAUCAACGACGGUCGUGGCACGUUAGCCCGACUCGGCCCCGAUCGAGACGGCUGGGAUCAACAGCGACUGUUCCUAUUGCAGAUCGGUCAGGCGUUCCAAACGAUCUCCAGGGCCGCGCCCGACGGUGUUGACGGGCGCAGCUGCUUCGGCGAGUCGCACGGCUAA